GCGUGCUUGGCAGUCUGUUGAUGGUCGAGAAUGCGACAGCCUCAUGAUUGGUCAACUUCCUUCUUAGCAUCUACAAGACAGAUACAGACAUGCUUAGUCUAUUCCAGACGCGCUUUCAGCGUCUCGAGACGGCGCUGAACACGCUGGUCGAAUCAGUCGCAGCAUACAAUCCCUCCGUCUCAGCAGCAGAUGCACUAGUCGCAGCUGACGAGGACCUGGACAAGAGCUUGGAACAGCUCGCCGUACACCAUGCAAAUUACUCACGUAUUCUCGAGCUACGAGCCACGGCCGAUGCCCUGGACGAAAAGAUCAAGUCCACCCUACGGACGCUGGCCGACACACGCAAGGAACUACUCGAUAUACCCGCUGCGCAAUCUACUGCCAACACACGUCAAGUCGGCGUAGAGGAGCUGCUGUCGUACGCAAAGUUCAUCUCAAAGACCACAGUACCACCCACCUUCCGCGGCCACAUCUCGACAGAACUACCCUCACAACCACAAUCCGCUGCAGUCGAUGCACCAAUGACUCAAAUCACGAACGGCAUGGCCACUCCUGCACAAAACGGCGACAACACGAGUACAAGCGAGCAAGCAGAGCAGAAUGGGAACAGAGCUGUAGCUGAAGCAAAAGCUAUGCUAGAGCCCUUGUCUCAGCUAGACUGGGUUCCCUGGCCAUCCCAACAAGUCAUUCUAAUGGGCGCUCUGGCCACCGUUCAAGGCAUGAUUGAAGACGGCAUUGAUCCGACUACUGUGCUGAGUGCCGAAGAACAAGAAGCGGCAGACCGCUAUAACGGAAGACGUCUUUGACCCCGAUGAGCUUUAGUGCGCUCCUGAGGGAAAUCCUGAGGACAAGGUCAAAGAAGAGGACGAGGAGAGGGCCAAGAAGAACUACAUACAUUAACGAAGAGGAAACGUUAUUUAAUCAUCAAAGGUGCCUCUCUUUGUAAGUCUAUGUCCAAAUUCUAUCAGUCUAGCUAUCGGUCCAUCAUGGUAUUGAAUAUAAACAG